AUGUCAAGAAAAAUUUAUGGUGAUAUGGAAGAUGAAGAAGAAUAUAUGAAGCCAAUGUUGCCAACAGUUCCUGAGAAAUGUGGACCGCCGGUUAUUAGUUUGGGGCAUCUUAUCGAAUUCGCUGUUCAACAGAUCUUUCAUGAACUCACCGUUCUUUCUGAAUUUAUCGUGCAAUUUGCUCAUUCAACUCGUACUCUGUUUAUUAAACUUUUAGCUGUUGUAAAAUGGGUGAAAUCGUCGAAGAAGUUUGAAUCAUGUGCUUCAAUUUGCUACUUUUUGGAUCAGCAGUCGCAAUAUUUUAUAGAUACUGCAGAUCGUCUUGUUCAAUUAGCUCGUGAAGAUUUGAUACACGCUAGAGUUCAUGAUUUAUUAGAAAAACCAAUUGAACAUAUUUCUAUUUGUGUUCGUUUGGAUAAUUUAAUCACUUAUGAUGAAGUUGGUUUACAGAUUUUUUUUUUACAGUCGCGAUUUAUUCGUCCGAGCGAAAUAACCGCUCGUGAACAAGCUUCCAUUCUUGCAAGGCUUAAUCAAGUUUUACAAACUAGAAUAUCAAUUUGUGCAAAAAGAAUGUCUCCUCGUAUCACAUCAGUGCUUAUCAAAAAUGGCAUGGUUACUUUGACGGUGCCUGGGGAAUUUAGUGUAUCUUUAUCACUCCUUGGCGAAAGGGAUACAACAAAAUGGACAUUAUUGAACAUUAAAAUUUUAGUGGAAGAUUAUGAAAUUGGUUAUGGCACAAAGCUCGUUCAUCCUCUUCAAGUAAAUAUGCUUCACAAUGUUCUUCAGCUACGAAUGGAUAAAGCAGAUGAUGCUAUAAGUGAAGUUUACAAUUUUUUGCAUUCCUUUGCACAGUCAUUGCAGUUGGAUGUUCUUUACUGUCAGGCUACGCAAGCGGUUAGAGGGCCAAUGCGCCAAUAUACAACAAUUGAUCGAUAUGAUCGUACUCAAGGAAUUUUGAUUAUAUCUUAUUGGUUGAAAAAAACUCAUCAUAAUAGAUUUAGCUCACAAUAUCGUAUAAAGAUAUCAUCAAGCGCAGAUAAUAUUAAUUCUGGUUUACGAGUUCGACAUUAUCCAGAUGGAAAGAAUCUUCCUAAAAUUGAUGACCGAACAGGAAGGCUUUCGAUUAGUGGAAUUUUAUCUGAAACCGUCGUAAUUCGUUGUCGUGAACGCCUUUUACAAAUACGAGAAUGUUUAAAGUCUUUAAAACCUUUUUCUCCUGUCUCGCUAACUGGUAAAGCAGCUCCAACCUUAACAUAUCCUCUCUUGGGACCAGAAUCCAAUCAAGAUGAAAUGCUGAUUAUAUCUGUUAACGGUUUUUCUGGUGAUGUAUUAGUUAUUGUGAGAGCACUAGUAUUAUAUAGUUCACGUCUGGAAUUAUGUGAAUUGGAACGUUUCUUGAAUGAUCGUUCAUCGAUUCAGCGAAUUUCCAGUCUAAUUUAUCGAUUAAGAAUCUUGCUAAUGAUGGAAAGAUAUCGUAAAAGCAUUGCAUCACUUGCCGUUCGAAUUGUGCCUGAAAAAACGUUGUCUGUUCUUUUACCAAAUAUUUCUUCUUUACCGUCUGACAGAUUAUGUCUUCAAUUUGUUAAAGAAGAUGCAUUUUUCCUUAUUAUUUCCUGGAAAUCAGACGAUAUUAAAGGUUUCGAUAUAGAUAUGUAUUUAUUUUGUAACACUGAACGAAAAACGAAUAUGAUUAGACUUCAUCCGAGUCAAGUAUUGUCAUCAUCACCAUCUAGUAAUUUCUCUUCAUAUGAUAAAUCUAUUGGAAUGCCGUCUGUUCAGCGUAAGAGAUGGAUAGGAAAUGUAAAGGAAUUGAGUUCUGCUAUCGCAAUAAUCGAUGAUAGAAUUGCUUUCAUGCGAAUAUGUGAGGAACUCAGUAAACGUUGUGUCUCCUAUCAACCCGUGACUAAAGAACCAGUAGUUGGAGGCCUACUUCUUCAGAUUUCAGAUUUUUCUGGUGCACUUCCUUCUGCUUCAAAAGAAUUUUUCUCAUCAAUGACAAAUUGUUGCCUUCGGCUCGACACAAGAUCUCGUGUAAUUUGGCCAUUUGAAUGCACAUUGACAGAAACACCACUUAUCGCUGAUAUACCGGGAUCGGCGAAUGUUUUAGGAAAAAGAUCUCGAACAAAAUUGACGGUAAUGGAAAUUAAUGGUAGUGGUGGUAUUUCUUCAUUAAAUACCUCGGAAAGUGUGUCUAUUCAUAUGCUUGAUAGGUUAACUAUAUUUUCCCAUAUGUAUGAACCUGUCAGAGAAUUUGCGGAUGCAUACUACAGUUAUUAUAAUCAGUAUUGUAACAUCGUUGCAUUUACGUACCACAAACUGGUAAUCGCUUAUGGAACCAAUCGUAAUUAUUUGGUAAUAAUUUCAUGGAAAUCACAAAAAACAACGAAACCAUAUUUCUAUCUCACUCUUGGCAUAUGGCCAAAUCAGAGAAACUUGAAUAAUAAAUGUGAACAAAUGAACGAAAACGUGUGGAAUCCACAUAUAUUAAUGCAUCAACGUCUUCAAGAACAAUUCAACAGACAUCGAUCUCUGUGUCAGUUAAUGCAAUAUUUAAUUGAUACGAUAUCGCCAUUAUGUUGUUUGCAUAAUUUCAUUCAUAUGCGACUUCAUUCUUUGCGAGCAUACUGUCAGUUGUCUAAUCUGGAACCGUCGCUACCAAUCACUCUUCAAGCAAACUUAAGCGUUAUUGACGAACAUACGAUACGUCUGUUGUAUGGGAAUAUUCAUCUUGAAUUUUUACUAGUUGGUGGAUAUCGUGUUGGUGUUCGAGACUGUGGUCGAGGAGGAGUUAGUGCCCAUAGAUUGAAAACGUUUUGCAAUAAAUUUGUUAGUCCCGAGAUGCGGAGUGCAAACGAUGAACCAUCAGCUUACCUAAAUUGGAUGCAUUCCUCUUCAUCUGGUCCUGGUUCCCUUCCGCCACAUCAGAUAACUCGUUCACCUGCUUCUCGAAUAGCUGCAUCACCCAUGUCUUAUUUAUCAUUGUCUGUACCACCAGCUGAUACAGUUCCAUCACCGCUACGUCAUCCUCAAGGAGACCAUUUGCGGUGUCGUUCCCCUAUUUUGAUUGAUCAUGGAGCACUCCAAACAAUGACAGCUAUAAAUGAUUCAGAUUAUCUGUUUUCGCUAUCGUAUUUGUCACGAUUGGGUCCAGCACUUGAAAGUUAUCGUCGUGAUAAUCGAGGCAAUAGUCCACUUCCUGCAAUACAUUUAAAAUCACUUCUAACUACACCCGAACUUAUUCGGAUAUCAGUCUCAGGCGCAGUACCUCCUUCGCCUAGAAAUGAAUCUUUUUUAGCUGUUUUAAAUGUAUAUUUGGACGAUGAUACGAUGAGUUUGAAAUUGCGUAUUGAUUUCGAAAACAGUUCCCCUCCAUCUGAAUCUGAUUUGCGAAUAUUUGAACGUUAUUUCAAGCGUUAUAUUGCGAGGAGCGGUAAUGAGAUAGCAUUUAUUGCUUUUUCAAAUGCUUGCAGAAUUGUUUCACCUGGAAUUUUUUCAUCGAUAGCCAGAAUUAUGGAGGCUCAAAUGGAUUGGUCUGAAAAUAGUCCAUGGAGGCCUUCAUUACAACUUACCAUGUGGAACCAAGAAGGUUCAACAAGUCGAGCACGAAUUUCCCCUGGUAUUGCAAUUGAUCAAACGAAUACAAAUAUCCUUAUCCCGUUAUGCUUGCGACCGACGAAAAGAAAGGAUGGAGAAAGGAACGCCGAUGCUAGCAAAUAUGUGAUUCCAUUAAUUUAUAACACUCAAACAAAUAUGAUUACUCGCCGAAACAGCGAAGAAGAUUCAAGUAAUGCAAGUACUAUAUUAUUAUCCAUAACAGAACAAUAUUCACAUACCACUGAAUGUCCAUUAUGGUUUGCUGUAAAUUCGUUGGCAUAUAAAUUUGUACCAUCGAAUACCACUAGCAGCAUACAAUGCUAA